AUGGAGAAUUUUGAAAACACACCAUCUGUUAUUAAAAAGAAACCCCCAGGUGCGAUGGCUAACAAUACAAACAGUAACAACAAAGUGGACAGCUGGCAGAACGUUGAUGUGGCGAAGCUGAUGUCUGACCUUCACCUUGGAGGUACAGACUUGUCAGAUGUAAAUUGGUGGGACGUUGUUGAUCAUCUUCGAGUGAAACAAGAUCCUGUUGUCAAGGCGAUGAAAAAGAGGAAAACUUGGAAAACUGUUCGGCUGUUUAUCAGUUCCACAUUCAAGGACAUGGGGUGUGAGCGCGAAUACCUCGUGAAGACAAUCAUCCCAACUCUGCGACAGUGGUGUGAGGAACGCAAACUCAAACUGAUCGAGUGUGAUCUGCGCUGGGGAGUCCCUAAAGAUGCAGAUGCAAGGGAGACAAUUCUGGCUUGUUUGUCAGAGAUUGAUAGGUGUCGAGAAGAAAAUGAAUAUCCCUAUUUCUUAGGAAUGUUGUCCGAGAGAUACGGCUAUGUGAUGAAGUCAGAAGAUGUCCCUGAAGAUCUCAAACUGAGAUACAAAUGGCUUCCGGGAGUCUCGAUGACAGCUCUGGAAAUAUUUACUGGAGCUUACUGGGAUAGGAAUCCACAUGCUCUGUACAUGCUGAGGAACCCCGAUUUCCUGAAGUCUGUCCAAGAUGAUGACGUGCGGAUGAAUUAUGUAGAAAGUAAAACGGAUCACAAAAAUUCCCUCGCUAUACUUAAAGGUAAAGUUUGUCAGCACUUCCCGGAUCAAGUGGUUGAAUACUCAACUCGUUUUGACAAAGUCAGUGGCAGUAAAAUCAUGUUGACAGGACUGGAAGAUUUCGGCCAGACCGUUCUCACGUUUUUCAAGACGAAGCUGUCCCAGCAGUAUCCCGACGACUGUCUGAAUGAGGAGCUCACGGAAACAGAGGAGCUGUACUCACAGCAGAAAGACUUCAUGCUACAACGCGGUCAGAUUUUGUUAGGCCGAGAUGCUUUGCUGGAGAGAAUAAAUAAUUAUUUAGACCGUGAAGAAAAGAAAGAUAAGAUUCUCUCCCUUGUUGGUUUUCCUGGCGCUGGGAAAAGUGCACUGAUGGCUUCAUCUGCUAAAACUAGUUGCAGUGAUUCCAAAAAUAAGGUCUUUUUUCACUUCACUGGAGCCACUCCUGACUCGACAAAUAUCUACAGUAUUUUGUCGAGAGUGUUUCACGAGUGUAUGCCGAGUGGUUCUGUGAUCCCCAUAGAUCAAGACGAGAUGAUGCAUUUUGUGCCCACCAUGCUUAAAAGGUCGGCGGAACAUGCAAAACAGCAGGGCUAUGAGAGACUGAUUCUUUACAUCGACGCUCUGAACCAGAUGGACAAUGAAGGAAAUGCACACCAGCUAACCUGGUUGCCAAGACAACUACCCAAGUCUCUGAAGUUGAUUGUGAGUACACUCGAGGGAACAUGUUUGGAUGCUUUAAGAAGCCACGACAUCAAGCCACAAGAACUUGCUGUGGAACCUCUGAGUGCCGAGGUCCGGGAAGAUAUUGCCACUAAGAUACUGAUGGAGUACAACAAGCAGUUAGACUCCGAACAGAUGGCUGUGCUUAUCGAGAAGAAAGAUGCUGGGAGGCCACUGUGGUUGAGUGUUGCCUGUGAAGAGCUUCGUGUGUUUGGAGAGUUCCGGAGUCUGACCACCAAAAUUACCUCUCUGCCUGAAGAGCUUGGUGGUUUGCUGCAAGAGGUUUUAAGGCGGGUCGUCACCGAGUAUGGUGGAGAGCUGGUGCAGGCGACUCUGUGUCUGAUUGAAACGUCGCGGUUUGGCCUGUCGGAAACUGAGUUGCUGGAGAUGCUGACCAUGAAGCCGACAAUCCCUGACACAUCGGGAAGUCACACCAGCAAGAUGAAGAUUCAUGGCAAGAUCCCCAUGGCUAAAUGGGCUUUGGUGUACCUUGGACUACGAUCAUUCAUGAGGCCGUGUGGCACUUCUGGGGUUGGCCGUUUGGACUUCUACCAUCGCUCGAUGAGCAAAGCUGUGCGGCUCAUGUAUCUGGGUGAUGACACGAAUACAACAUUGUGGCAGCAAAGACUGGCUGCAUACUUCAACCUCUGCCAAGACCUGACUCGCAAGUGUGAGGAGUUACCAUAUCAGCUGAUGAGCAUGAAGGAUAAGGACGGAUUGAAGGAAUGUCUGCUGCAACGUGAGGUCUUUGAACAGCUCUAUGCUCAAAAGUCAAGGCAGCAGUUGAUGAAAUACUGGCAGUUCAUUGGUGGAUAUUCAAUUGCUGCCAAGGAAUAUACACGAUUCCUUGACGACUAUAUAAAGAAACACAAUUUGUCAAACACUGAUGAAGGAAUUGAACUGAAGACUAAAGUUGCGUGGUUUUUGCUUGACAUCGGUGAAUAUAGUACUGCGCAUGCCUUACUGGAGGUGGUCCUCAAGGAGUGUGAAGAGAAGUAUGGUAAAUACGGGAAGGAGUUGGCCGACCCAUUGUUUGCCAUCAUGACUCUUCUCUACCGCAGAGCUUUGACUUACGUAUACAACAGCCAUCCUGGUUACGCAGAGUGUGUUCGACUAGGCAAACAAUAUGGUCCUUGGUGUGAAAAGGUGCACAAACAACAUUGGCCUGACUACAAUGACCACCUGGGCAUGGUUCUCACAGUGUGUGGCUAUUUUGAUGGCACAAUGCUCCAGUACUGCCUGGACACAUUCAAGAGGACAAAUAAUCGACAGGGCCUAGCUGAGGUGCUCUACAUGUUGGGGGAGAAAAACCAGUACAACAAAGAUAUUAAUAUACCUGUGAAAUAUUUCGAACAGUCGCUGACUCUUUGUUUGACUGCUUUUGGUCGCUUUCAUCUGAAAACAGCCAGAUGCUAUCAGCUGUAUGGCCAGCUGUACUGGAACCAGUGGAGUAACCAGUCUCACAACACAGACUACCUCAACAAGACCCUGGACCUGUAUAAAGUGGAGCUUGAGCUUCUGGAGGAGGUGCAGGGCAAGAACCACCCCAACACUGUGCGGUCGCGGGAAGAUGUCAUCAUCAUCCUGCAGAACCUCAAUCGCAACCCAGAGGCCAACCAGCUCGCCAAACUACAGCCCAAGGAAUCCGUCGCUAUUGCUUAGAUCAGGCAGGUGGCAACCAGUUCGCCAAACUACAGCCCAAGGAUGCUGUCACUAUUGCUUAGAUCAGGCAGGUGCCGAUCAAAAUACCCAACAACAUUUUCCCAAUCUAAAAUGUCAUAAGAAGAUAUCUGCAAUUUCUAAUUUACAUUAAAAAUAAAGCAAACAACAUUGUAAUGUUAAUAGUGAUGAGUAUUGCUAAAAUGUUCAUAUUGCGAUAUGUUGUGAUACAGGAACCUGAGCUGUGAUACGUACCACGGUAUAUUGCGAUAUGUUGUGAUACAGGAACCUGAGCUAUGAUACGUACCACGAUAUAUUGUCAUAUGUUGUGAUACAGGAACCUGAGCUGUGAUACGUACCACGAUAUAUUGUCAUAUGUUGUGAUACAGGAACCUGAGCUGUGAUACGUACCACGGUAUAUUGCGAUAUGUUGUGAUACAGGAACCUGAGCUGUGAUACGUACCACGGUAUAUUGCGAUAUGUUGUGAUACAGGAACCUGAACUGCGAUACGUCCACGAUAUAUUGAGAAUACCAGUUAUCAAUUUUUUUAAUUUAUAAAAUGUACUAACACAUGUAAAAAAACAUAAGCGCAAUAUAUUGGUAAUCUAGAAAAAUUUUGUGGUUUGUAUAAUAGGUUACGUUGAUUGCAAUGUAAGUCUUGAAUAUUCUUAAUAAAGGUCAUGCAAAAUGUUUUUGAAAAGUUGGGAGUUUGGUUGAAGUGCAUGGUUAACCCUUUCUUUCACCCCUAUAUAUGCAAGAAAAAACUAGUUCAUGUGAGAAAGCCGUCUCACAUGGUUACACUUGACAACAAGAGGAGCUAACUCUGUUGUCAUGUUCAUACACUCAUUAUUUGCCCUGAAAAGGAUAAAACUGAUAUCCUUUGUCAUAUUUUUUUUUUUUUAAACCCAAGUAAAAUGGGAGAAAACAAAUGUAUUCAUAUAUUUUGAUAUUGUUCGUAUUUGGUAUGAAUAGCCCAGAGAAGAAGACAGUUGCAGGAUAUUGUUAUCAGACCACAGUUUCAGAUUGAUAUUUUGUAAUUAUAAAAGUUAUCUUAGUUAAUUUGUAGUGUUAAAAUUUUUAUUUAGCAUGUGAAUCAAACAUGGCAAAUAUAUGAUAGUGAAGUUUAUUUUUGAUAGAAAUUAUCAAAUAAAGAGUUUGUCAUCGUUGUGUGUUCAUGUAAAAUCCUGCAAUAGCUAUAUAUAUUGGCAAGAGAUGAUAACUUGGUAAAGUUUUAUAUUUUCAGUCACUGAUAAAAAUAUAGCUUUUUUUAAUUCAGAACUACUUUCACCUGGAGUUAUGAUCAGCAAAGGAAUAUUGACUUUUAACCCUAGAAUGUAAAUAAAUGAUAAUAAAAUAUAAUAAUUAUAAAUAACUUUAAUAAUAACAAGAUAUUUAAUAUUGAAAUAUAUUAUUUGAACAAGCACCAUUUUGUUUUGGUGUAUAUAUAUUCUAUGUGACAAGGUUAUAACAUAUUGCAAAGAACUGUUUUAAGGAUAUAAUGUGCAGUUGUUUUACAUUCCUGUUCAUGCAUUCUGUGAUAGAUGAUAAAUGUUUAUUUAUUCUAUGGUUUUUAUUUGUACAUCACGUCAUGCUUUCUGUGAUUAAUUAUAAAUUUUAUUUAUUUAUGUUUUUUAUUUGUACAUCACAUGAUGCAUUCUGUGAUAUAUGAUAAAUUUUAUUUAUUAUGUAAAUAUUUUAUUUGUCCUUCAAGUUAUGCAUUUUGUGAUAAACAAUAGUCUGUUUAUUGUCAUUUUGUAAAUAUUUUUUGAAGUCGUUCAUGUUAAAUUUUGUAUUUAUUAUUCCAUAUAUUGAUAUCUUACAGUAAUAUUUUGCAAUAUCAAACAUUUUUGGAUGCAUUUUUGUCAUUUUUUAAUAUUAUUUUUAUCAGUUUUAUUUUAUUUAUUUUUCUCAGAUGUUCAAUAUACCUGAAAACGCACAAACUAAAGGAUGUAUUUAGAAAAACUGACUAUAAGUCUAUUUACUACUGUAUUAUAUUAGAUUGUUUUAGAAAAAAUAUAUGGUGGACUCUUAAAACAGGUGGCUGCUUAAUAGAGGUGACCAACUGAGCAGGUUGGACUUCAAGAAGACAAAUUGACUAUAAAGGCCAUCUAGUAUUAAAUCUUGAAGCUGUCUCAAAAGGUCUGUAGGAACUGGUAGGAUGCACAUGCCUUUAAAUUUUACGAAAUAAAAUUAAAUUUUUAAAAAUUAUUCUUUAAUAUAACAGAAAAAUGGUUGCAAAUUAAAUGUUAAACCAACCCAUAAUAUAAUAUUUGGUAGAUCUUUGGCACUCUUCCUUUAAAAAAUGGCCUCUUGUGAUAUAUUUGACUCAGGGUUUGUUCAGUGUGAUACAUAUUAAAUUGUACAACCAACUUGUGAUACGUAAUGAAAGUUGACUUUCAUAUAUGUGUGUUUAUAUUGUCACUGUCAUUCUUUUUAACAGUCAAUAUUUUAUUUUAUAUUAUGUUGAGAAUGGAAGAGCUGAUGUAAGAUGAUCAAUUAUCUUAGUUAUCUGUUGAUGUUUUAUUGUUUAUUUAUUUACAGUAUUUAUAGUAUCUCUGUUUUAUAUUUUGUUGACAAGGACAAUGAUUUUUUUUGUGUGAAUCCGCGAAAUAACGGCAGUUUGUUUGAAUGAUGUCAUCGGGCUAUGUAUUCAUAUGCAGCACUGUUUGUGGUUUCAGUGAUGUAAUUCAUCCUGUGGUUUCAGUGAUGUAAUUGAUUCUGUGGUUUCAGUGAUGUAAUUGAUUCUGUGGUUUCAGUGAUAUAAUUGAUUCUGUGGUUUCAGUGAUGUCAUUGGUGCAGUAUUUCAGUAUAUAUAUUUUAAAAUUUAACAAAUAUAAGUAGUUAGGUAUGAGGGAAAAAUAAUCCAAUACUCGUGUUGGAGACAGGAAAAUCUGUUCUCAAAAUACAAAUAUUUUGUUUAAACUCACAAAAGCUCUUUUCAGACAAACAUUUGUAUUUCUCGGGCUGAGAUUUUCCAUGCUCCAACACACACUCAUGAUAGAUCCUUUUAAUCUUCAUGGUAAUUACAUACAUGUGUGUUAUUAGUUCCCUACUGGUCAAACCAGAGGGGACUAUAGGUUUCAUCUCCAUCCUUCUAUCUGUCUGUAUGUAUGUAUGUAUGUAUGUUUGUCUCUGUCUCUCCAUCUGUCUGUCUGUCCGGAUGGACGGACUUUGCAGACAGAGAUAGGAAAAUUUGUUUUCCACAAGGCCUUGAGAUAUUAACCUGACAUUUUGUGUAUAGCUUUAUUAUGUACCGUUACAGAUCAAGUUUGACUUUUGUGGUGAUUUACCUUCUUUUUUUUUAUGGAGUUAUGGCCCUUGAACUUAAGCAGUGUCAAAAUAGUUUUUCCGGACUUCUUUUUUAGAAGGCCUUGAGAUAUUGAACUGAAAUUUUGUAUAUAGCUUUAUCAUGUAGGCUACUGUUACAGAUGACGUUUAACUUUCAUGGCAAUUUACCCAUUUUUGACAGAAUUAUGGCCCUUGAACUU